AUGGAUCGAAGAAACCCAUUGUUCUGCUGCCAGACGGUUGGAAUCGUAAGAGAAGCAGACGGAUUAUGCGAGGACCGCACGGAGCAGAGCACAACUCUCUCAAUAAUCAAUGAGCUAUCCAGUUAUGCCCUCGAAAUUCUCAUCUUCCAAGAAACCGAAGCAUUGCUGGACACUAUUUUCCAAAACCCCCGUGGAAAGCUCCUCGAAUUAAAAAUCUGGAAUCAUAUUCAUGAGAACGAGCAGCCAGCGCGGUUCAUAUUUCACCAACAAGACAAGGACGACUUCAAUAGAUACCUCGAGUUCAGGUCCCAAGCUUAUCUUAUUUCCAGUCUAUUCAAGGAGACGGGCUCCUAUGUCAAGGUGCAUUGUGGUACCGAAACACACUCGGAUCGUUUCACAUGUACUCUCAUGGCGAAAAGGUUUAUGACACCUCCGCCUUGGCCAGAAUUGCCACCACCGCCCAUCACAGUUUCAUCUCCUACGGUCGAGGACCCUCCCCUACCAGAGAAUUCCACCACAGAAUAGCCAACAUCUUCC